UGUGCAGUUCAUGUCAUUCUGAUGAGAUGCAAAUUUAAGAGUGUAAUUUGUUUGUGUCAUAAGAUAGACAUUAAACAUUUAUGCUGAGUGAUUUAUUUAUCAUUUGAAUUCAUGCAUGUUAAGAUUGCUAGCUGGAGAAAUUACUCAGAGGUUAAGAGAACUGAAUGUUCCAAAGAGGAUCUGCCGGGUUUAGUGCCCACAUCCACAUGGUGUCUCAAAACUAUCCAUGACUCCAGUUCCAGGGGAUGUAACGCCUCUUGCAACCUCUGUGGACCUCUGUACACAAACAUGGUGUGCAUACAUACAUACACUCAGGCAUAUGCACAUAUGCAUAAAGUUAAAAGAUACAUUUUUUAAUUUAAACAUUGCUAUCAGGAAUUUCUAAGGACCAGCAGAUGCUUGCAUGCUAGUGUUAACACCGUUCUAUCAGGGAGGAGGGCUCUGAGACAGGAAGUAGAAAUGCACUGUAGGAAGAGGAUUGGGGCAGAGCAGCAGCACAUCCUGUUCCCUGGGCCCAGUAAUGAGAGGAGAGCUGCUGUAGGGCUGCUUCCUUCCCCGUUCCCAGUGCCUGCAUGACAGCUGCUGUGUCGUGGGAGAGAUGUGUAGACCCCACAGUGUGGAGUGAGCCUAUUGCCAAUCAAGUGUGUGCAAUGUUUAGGCCUCAGUGAGCUUUGAGGACGUGGCUGUGCACUUCACCCAGGAAGAGUGGGCUUUGCUGGAUCCUUCCCAGAAGAGUCUGUACAGAGACGUGAUGCUGGAAACCUGCAGGAACCUCGCUGCCACAGGAUAUAAAUGGGAAGACCAGAACAUUGAAGAGCAUUGUAAAAGUCCUGAGAGAAGUCUAAGAAGUUACAUGUUACAGACCUUCUGUGAGUAUGAAGGUGGUGAUCAACAUAGAGAAAACUUGACUUGGAAACCAAGUCGCAGUAUGAGCAUGAUAAGUUCCACUGGCCCAGCACCAUGUGAUCACAGUGUGUGGGGGAAGACUUCCUGGUGUCAUUCAUCCUCUAGUAGAUAUGCCACAUCUCACUCUCGAUAUAAUCCACAUGAACAUGAAAAAUACGUGACCAAGCAAUGUAACUCUGAUUCUCUGAUAAGCUUCCAAAGGUACAUGAAAAAAUUCAUACUGGAGAAAAACGUCAUGAAUGUAAACGAUGUGGGAAAGCCUUCAGACGUCAUAGUGAUCUUCAAGUACAUGAAAAAAUUCACACUGGAGAAAAACCCUAUGUGUGCAAACAAUGUGGUAGAGCUUUUAGACUUAACAGUCAUCGGCAGAGACAUGAACAAACUCAUACUGAAGACAGACCCUUUAUAUGCAAACAGUGUGGCCGAUCUUUUGACUGUUACAGUAAUCUUGAAUUACAUGAAAAAAUUCAUUCUGGAGACAGACCCUUUGUAUGUACAGAAUGUGGCAAAGCUUUUGGAUGUUACAGUAAUCUACAAUUACAUGAAAAAAUUCAUUCUGGAGACAGACCCUUUGUAUGUAAAGAAUGUGGUAAAGCCUUUAUAUGUCAUGGUCAUCUUCAGAGGCAUGAAACAACCCAUACUGGAGAAAAACCCUAUGGAUGUAAACAGUGUGGGAAAGCCUUCAGUC